CUCCAUUUUGUGCUCUUCAUCCCAUUCUCGAUUCUUUGUUGUCCUCUAUUGAAAGGGUGUCGGUCAAUGCACAAUGCCGUACGAAGACCUCGUCACUCUAGCCCUGUACGCCGGCCUGAGGCACCGAAAUGCGGCCUUCCUCCUGACAGCCCUAACAGCACUGGGUGCCCUGCUUCUGUUGACGCCAUGCCUUGUUCUAAUCUUCAUGUUUUUGCGCCUCUUCUUGGUAUCACGUCAAGUGGUCCCCCUCUCCGAUGAACCGCGAUCAGUCCUCGGAAAGCCCCUGUUAUUUCCCGUGCAGCUCAAUCAUGUGCGCUUCAACCCCGUCAAGGACCAAUUCGCCAACAGAUUCCUGAUGAUCGGCAUCCCCGUCGGGAUGCGCGCGCGCUAUGGCAACCUGCUCGCGAUCGACGACAAGCGGUUGACACUCCGCGACUCGACGCAUGCGGGUCCAUCGUGGAGGUCCUUCCUGGCGCAGGCGACGUGCUGGCUCAGUGUCGACGGGGAGCGGUACCUCCACCGCGGGGAUCAGGAUCUCGAUAUGCGGGCGAAGUUGGAUCGAUACUUGCGGAAAGAGAACGAGGACCCCUCCCAAUGGCCCCACGCGUACCUUCUCACCGUCCCGCGGUUUUUCUGGUGGUCGCGCAGUGUCGUGACGUGGUGGUAUCUCUACAACGCCGACCACGAACUCGACGCGAUGAUCAUGGAGAUCAACAACUCCUACGACGAGAAGCGCAAUUACUUCUUCCGGGUCGAGCGCGGCGAGAACCCCAUCCCUGCUACGGAGAAGGGGACCGAGACCGACAAACCUCACUUCCUCGACAGCACCUCCACCAUCCGCACCACAUCCUCCCAUCCCAGAUCCACUUACUACAAGGGCACCUGGCAGAAAUUCAUCUUCGCCUCGCCGUUCGAGAAGGUCGACGGCGCCAUCGCGAACCGGUUCAUGGAUCUGGCGCACGGCGCCGCGUGGAAACCCAAUGCCACGCUGCUGAACACUAACACGUUGAGCCCGGAGGGGAAAGUCAAGAUGGUCACGCGGAUCACCUGCUGUGGCGCGCCGCUCGAUCCCGCGCAGAUGGGUUUCACGGACCUGGCGCGGAUUGCGCUGCGGUGGACGCUGCCGGGCGUGCUGACGACGCCGUAUAUCGUGCUGGAGGCGUUGCGCAUCCGCUGGAAGGGCCUGAUGAAGAUGAUGGAUAAGACCCCGGUGCGCAGUGGGAGUAUCGGGCGCCAUCCGACCCGGGCUGAACGGCAACUCGAACCUUUCUUCCGCGCCUAUCUCGCCCACUGUGUCUCCUCCUCUCCCGACCCGGUGGAACUAACCUACAUCCCCUGCCGCGCUUUCUCCGACGAGACCAUCCACAUGAGAUCCGCGUCAUGCACUUCCGAAAGCACAACUGUGCGGACCGUGACCGUUGAAGUCCUCGAUCCUCCUUUCUACACGCGCAUCGUCAACUACCCCACCGCCUGGGAGGGACUAUCGACGGAGAUGCGCGCAACAGGCCAAGAGGCCGAUACUGUUUCGCAGAACAUCGCGGUCUCGGACCCAGCAUUGCUACAGAAGAUCGUGAGCUCCUCGCCCACUCCGAGGGAUAAAGGGCAUCGUGCAGUAUCCGGCGGGUUUCCCAUUCUGGGCUGGUGUCGCUGGCAUUCGACGCCGACUUUCAUGGAUGCCUUUGUGACGACUGAGCAGACGCUCUCCAUGCAGAAAACGUAUGCCAUCAUGGUGAUGCGGUACCUCCUUGCGCCGGGGGUGGCGUACUCGCCGCUGAUCUUGGAUGCGCUUGUGGAGGUAUCGCUCCUCGUGGUGGGCGUGAUAGGGCGAGCAGGCUUGCUGGAGGUUGUCUUGCGGCAGAGGAGGAUGACGGGAUCGCCUAUGGAUGUUGCAGUGCAGACCCUGAUGAGCGCGGUGGUCUACUUUGUGGGGAUGAGGGGGGUUGGGGUCGUGCGAGAUCGUCUCCUUUCGGGCAGGUAUAGUCAGUCGUUGGACAUGUUACUAACACGUUGA